UGCCCAUUUAAGGCAGCGCCGCCGCCCUUGCAGCCGGGGCUGGGACCAAAGAUCUGCUCUAUAAUCUUUGGCUGGGACCGCGUCCGGGCGGGAGCAGCGGCGCCGGGACUGAGCCCCAGUUCCGGGGUUGAUCCAGGCUCGGGAGCAGCUGCACCGGGAGAGGUGGCUCCGGGACCCGACCCGCUGCAGCCCCGCACUCCCGGGUCCGGGAUCAAUCUGGGUGCUGACUGGGAGCAGGUUAGGGGAGCGACGGGACCGGGAUUAAGUUGGGAUCACACCAGCAAAGAGACAGAGUAAGAGAUCCGGGAUUAAGCCGGGAUCGGGUCAGGAAUAAGGGAUCUGAGACCAGAUUGGGGUCGGGUCAGGAGCAAGGGAUCCGGGAACAAACCCGGUUUAAACGAGCAUCAGGGCCGGAGUGACAGGUCUGAGAUUAAAUUGGGAUCUAUUUGGAAUCAAUCCAGGAACUGGACAGGAGCAACAAAUCCGAGAUUAAACUGGAAUCAAGACAGGAGCAAUGAAUCCGGGUGAAACAGGCCAGGAUCAGGGUCAGGGUCAGGGUCAGGGUCAGGGUCAGGGUCAGUCCGGAAUCGGGGCAACGGCGAUGAAUCCGGGAUUAGACCAGGGUCAUUCUGAGAUUGGGAUAGAAGUGAGAGGUCCGGGGUUAAACCAGGAUCAGUCUGAUAUCAGCACAGCAAAGGAUCCCAGAUCAGACCAGGAUGAGUCCAGGAUCAGGGUAGAAGUGACAGAUCCAGGUACAGACCAGGAUGUGACCGGGACGAUGCAGAGGUCAAUGGUGGCGAUGCCGGGCAGUACAGUAUCAGUGCGGAAAGGUCCAAGGCAUGUCCAUGAGAAGCACACGGGCGGAGCGCAGGCGGGAUGCUGCCGGGGAGAGUCAAGGUGGACGGCCAGGACCAGCAGCAAGGGGGUGAUAGUGGAGGUGCGGGAGAAGAGGGGCGUGCUGCGAUCCGCCAUCCCCACCAUGCCCUUCCCUCUUGCCGUCUUCUGCCUCGUCUUAAACACCUUCCUGCCGGGAAUGGGGACCUUCGUGUCGGCCUUCGCAGUGCUGUGUGGCGCGAUGACGGAUCAACAUCACCAACACGUCUGCGUGGUCUUCCUGCUCAAUGUGGCGGCCGCCCUCAUUCAGUUGCUCACGGCGGUGGUGAUAGUUGGCUGGAUCAUGAGCAUCUUCUGGGGUAUGGACAUGGUCAUCCUAGCCACCUACAGAACGCAAGAAGGAAGGGACCGUUCAGAGCAUCUAACCAUGCUGGAGUCAUUGUAGGGUCAACUACGUCACCGCCUUUCCCUGCUGCCCCUCACUGUGCGAAGACCCCGAAGUUCCAUAUUCCUCCCCAACCUGGACAAGGCUUCAAGUAAGGUGGGCCUAGGCUGUAUGGCCUCCCUAUUGCCUAAGCUGAUCUCUCUUGGUCUCCCGGCUAACACUGCUCACCAUUCCCUCGAGAAGAUCGGAUCCCAGGAACCUAGAUACAGGUGAGCUAGACCACUCUGGAAAAUUCCAGCACCGGAAGCAAUUCUGUCUUCACGGAAUCUGUGAUUCUCCUCCACCCCAAGACUUUUGCAACAGGAUAAAUAAUUAAAGUGAAGCAGAAAAAAGAUUCCAAAGCCCAUUGCCUGUAAUUCCCAAAUUGCUUUUACUGGUUCCAAACUAAGACAUACGUGGGAGCAACAAAAUCCAUUGGGAUGUACGCCUUCUUCCCAGAAUAAUAAAAUGGUUCAGAAUUAAUGGAGUCCCUGGUGCAGAUGGAGUGGAAGAUGUGAUGUUGUCUACCUGCCUCUACGGACAUUUUAAGUGGAGGUUUCUUGUCCCAAAAGAGCGAUUGUUCCUAUCGGAUGGAAGGAGAGAUGAACCCAACAAAGGUCAAUUGAAUGGGUAAAUACAAAGCGAUGUAGGAAGGCUACAGGUCAGGCAGCAUCUCCGGAGGGAACAGGUGGAAGAAAGGUCCCGACCUGAAACGUCGCCUGUCCAUUCCCUCCACAGAUGCUGCUUGACCUGCUGAGUUCCUCCAACACGUUGUGUUUUGCUCAGGUUACCAGCCUCUACAGUUGCUUGUGUCUCCAUUUAAUGUGUGCUUGGAUGAAAGGCAUGGACGUACUGGUUUCUGUACUGUGUGAGUCAUUUAGAACAACAUUUAAAAUGACAUUUCGACAGGUGCAUGAAUAGGAAAGGUUUAGAGGGAUAUGAGCCAAACGCGGGCAGGUGGGAUUAGUAUAGAUGGGGCAUCUUGGUCAGCACGCACGUGAUGGGCUGAAGGUCCUGUUUCCCUGCUGUAUGCCUCUGACCGAAGCUAGGAGUGGUUAGGGCAACACAAGAUGUGACGUGGAACUAUGCCCGGAUGUCCUUGAUUGCUCAGGGAGAGCAGAGCUCCCACUCUCCAAUUGAAAUGUUCCAAUUUCAAGUAAUACACACCUCCCCCUUUUCUCGACUCCCCCACCUCAAUUACCCUGCUCCUUCCGCCUCCUCUGUAUGCUCAUCUCUCGUGUCUCUUAUUUCCUUUAUUCCCCUCCCUCUGUUCCCUGUCCCAUCUACGGUAGUCCCACCUGUCCACAUUUGGCCCAUAUCCCCCUAAACCUUUCCUAUCCGUGUACCUGUUCUUUUAUGUGUCCUUUCAAGUGACUUUGGAAUGUUACUAGACCAAGGGAGUACCUGCUUCAACUUCCUCCUCUGGCAGCUUGUUCCAUUAACCCACCACGCUCUGAGUGACAAUGUUAAAUCUGUCCUCUUUCACCUUAAACUACGUCCUCUGGUUCUUGAUUCCUCCACUCUGGCUAAAUUACCCGAUCUAUUCCCCUCAUGAUUUCAUACACCUUUAUAAGAUCACCCUGCAUCCUCCUGCGCUCCAGGGAAUAGAGUCCCAGCCUGCCCAAACUCUCCCAAUAGCUCAGACCCUCGAGUCCCAGCAACAUCCUCGUAAAUCGUCUCUGCACCCUUUCCAGCUUAACGACAUCCUUCCCACAUCCCAAAGAUGGGUUAUUUGGGUGAGGAAAAUUAACUCUGGGAGCAGUGUGUUGGCAUGGGAGAAUUGAUGAGCAUGUGAGAGAGGGUCUGCUUUGGCAUUAAUGGAGUGUCCGAUUAAUGGCGUGAACAACUCCUGUGUUGGGUUAGGAUAAACCGCAUCCUCAAUUUGUUCUGUACUCCCAGCUACAUCCCUCUCGAGUCAUAGAACAGUACAGCACAGGAACAGGCCCUUCGGCCCUCAAUGUACGCUCCCAAAGAAUGAUGCCAAGUUCGUCCAACCUCUCUCUCCUCUAAUCCAGGCAGCGUUCUGGUAAACCUCCUCUGCACCCUCUCCAAAACCUCCAAAUCCUUCCUGUAAUGAGGCGAAUAGAACUGCACACAAUACUCCAAAUAAAAUUCAACCCUACCCAUGUCAAUCAGCGAAUCAUAAGAGCAGGAAAACAGGCCGACCAACCUAAUCACCAUCCUAAUCCUUUUAAAUUCUCCCCUCAUUCCCAUCUACUCCCCCUGGAUUUGAGGACUUCGCUAAACAUUCCCGUCUCUCACUGCCUCUGGAUUAGUGAAAUGUUUUCUAUGAAAUCCGUGUUUGUGCUUUCGAUGUGAAAUCUCCAGUUUACCACGACCUGCGUUAAGGAUAUUAACUCCACGGAGGUGAUUGUUAUUGGAGUUUUUUAGCAGGGAGAUUUGUUUCAAUGUAUCCCAAUCCGUUGUAAAGUAAAAGUACAAAAUGUUCUUGUAACGAAUAAAUAUCAAAAAGUCAU